AUGACGGCAGGUGCCCCCGCGGCGGCGACUGGCAGGAAAGCUGCGCGUGCGGCGGCUGGAAAGCAGUCGUCGUCGUCGUCGUCAUUGCCGGGGACGAAAUGCCCGGCGCCGUUUCUGACAAAAACGUACGAUAUCUUGGAGGAGGAAGACGAGAAAAGAAGAAGGGAUGAUGAAAAGGCGGCGGCGGCGGUAGUGUCGUGGAACGCUCACGGCGACGGUUUCGUGGUCUGGUCUCCGACCGAGUUCUCCGACCACAUGUUGCCUAGGUAUUUCAAGCACAACAACUUCUCCAGCUUUGUUCGACAGCUUAAUACCUAUGGAUUCAAGAAGGUGACACCAAAAAGAUGGGAAUUCCAGCAUGAGAAGUUCCAGAGAGGAAGGAGGCAUCUGCUGGUUGAGAUAGGCAGGAAGAAGACAGAGCCCAGUGCCUUUCCUGUUUACCUAAGAGCCAACUAUGAAGAAGAAGAAGAUACAAUAAUAACAUCAUCAACAACAACAACAACAACAUUGUCAUCAUCUUCAAGGUUGCUGCUAAUGAAUCUGUUGGAGGAGAACAAGAAGCUGAGGAAGGAGAGAAUGGAGCUUCAGAUGCAAAUUGCUCACUUCAAGACUCUUCAGAUGAGGCUGUUGGAAUGCCUCAGUUCUCAGUGUAUGGCCACUCAACAAUAAUAGCUGGCCACAUGAAUUAUGAAUAUAGUAUUUAAUAAAAUUGAAUCGGUUCUCCGGGCAUA